ACAAGAAAGCCACAAUCAGCUGGAAAUCACUAAUGGGUUUUGACAGCGCGGCGCAGUGGCGGUUGCCUCAGUCUGCGAGCAGAAGCUGUGUCGACGACAUUCACCCCGGACGCAGCAUCCAGCGACUCCAGUCAUGAACAGCUGAUUUUCUCACUCCGCCUGAACUCUUUGCUGGAUCCGCUGCUCGAUAUGCCGAUCAACGCGUUCCCUAACUGGUCUCGAAGACUGCGUUUAGCCCGGGUGUUGCCUUUCGUGUUCAUCGCUGUGUGUCUGGCGAUCUACCUGGCAGAUGGCACGACGAAGAUAUUCAGCAGAUCCAGUUACAGCUCAAAUGUCCCGCUACAGUGUGCGAUCUACGGUAUUAAAGAAAGGGAUACAGAGGGCCUUACGGAGCUAAGCACGACCAACGGAACCAUUAUAGUAGAUACGAGUAGAGCCGAGGACGUGAGCGGGGCGAAGGCGACGGAGAGGAACCCAGACAGAGAUCCUCAACAGUUUCCUUUCUGGUACUUGCUGAAUGAACCCAGUGCGUGUGAUGGAGGCGUCGACAUCAUCAACUUCAUUUUCAUUACUCCGGGAGACAAAAUCACACGCUUGCACAUUCGCAACAAGUGGGGCAACGCGACGUUCUUCCCUUACACCCGCAUGAAGACGAUGUACCUGAUGGCGAGCGCGGAGUCGGAGCAAACCCAGAGGAUACUGCGGCGAGAGAGCGACGCCUUCCACGACAUCAUCCAGCUCGACUUCUUCGACUCCUACGAGAACCUGACGCUCAAGACCCUCGCCAUGCUUCACUGGACCAAGACCUUCUGUCCGAACGCCAAGUGGGUCUUCAAGAGCGACACGGACGUCUUCGUGAAUUCCUUCGCCGUGGCAAAGUACCUGCGGCAGACCUCGUCGGACUUCGUAUGCAGCGUGUGCAGACACUGCCCCGUGUGUCGCAAGGGCAUGGACUGCCUGGAGAAGUGGUGGGUCUCAGAGGCGGAUUACGCGAAUGAAUACUACCCUCCCUAUUGCCACGGAUCCGCGUACAUGAUCCGCACGGACAUUGCGAUGAAGAUCUACGAACGGGCGAACAAGACCCACCCUCUCGUCAUUGAAGAUGCCUAUUUCACGGGCGUUCUGACGCACGGCAUGAAUAUCACCUACACAGACCUCAGCAGGAAAAUGUUCAUACGGACCACCAGCAGACUUCCUCGGGGCUUUGUCCAAGGCUCUUCGCUAAUGGCUUUGCACAUUGACACUUUUUCUAGACGAUCUCCUAAACUGUGGAGACAAAUCGUCGAGUAUAACACUGGUUUACACUGAAUGUACAAUAUCAAAUGUUUCACGUGAAUUUUUAUGUCUGUUUAUUUUUACAAAAGGCUGUUUAUGCGAAAAAUUGAAAAAAAAAAGAAAUAGUAGUUCAUGAAUGUCUGAUCGAUCAUAUGCAUACACGAACGCACACACAUACACACUCACACACACCAAUUUUUAAAUAUAUGUGCGUGUGUGUUCAUGAAAGCACGCGUCUGCCUCCAUGUGCAUUUCCCUACUGGUAUGCAUGUAUAUAUCAUCAAUAAUUUUAUGUACUCAUAAUUUCGUCAGUUAUACACCGUUAUUCUUGAUAAAUCUGUAUAUAUUUAUAUGAUUAAGAUGAAAGAAAACCGAUAUUUCAAACUUUCAUGGGCAUCGGUAGGGCAUGAGUGAUAUCGAUAAUUAGAUGGUUAUAUUGUGAUUGUAACGGAAGCAUUGGUAAUUCUAUCUAAGAUGAAUUUCCCUCUUGGCUAGAAUUGUCUUUUUUAGAUAAGGUAAUAUAGAGGUAGAAAGAAAAGUAGUGUGAGAGAGAGAGAAU